UUACAUAGUAAAUGUAAGCGUAAACCCAUCUCUCCAAUUUUUUUUUUAAAUUUGUGUGGCCACUUGCACGCAUUUCCAUCUCUUUUAUUGUGUACUACAUUGGAAAAAAGAAUUAAUUUCAGUACACCUCAGGACUUGGGUGUUUUCGAUCGGCUGAUCGGCUCAACUGCAGUAUAUAUAUAUAUAUGUAUAUAUAUAAAUGACAUUACCUACUUCGUGUGAGAAAGAUGCUAUAUUAUGGGUGAAUGCAGCACAGCAUACAAGCUUUUAACUUAACUCUUAAGUCUUUAAACUAGUAGUCUGGCACGUACACCUUAAUUUCUAUUGUUCUGGUGAAAAUAUGCAUGUGGCUGCAAAAUUUCACAGUGAAAGUUACUCUACCCAUUUCUGAGUGUACAACUACACUGCUCACAAUCGACGAAUUUCAGCUUCUUCAAUGCUCUAUGUGGUACAAAAAUUUUUUAGGUGAUAGUGAAGGACAACUGCAUAAUAUAUUCACGUGCCAAUAACGUCUGAUUACUUAAGUAAGCGUACCUUUGGUCAUUAAACAAUGGAAGAGGAGGAGGACUGGGAUACUCCUUCAACCCCUGCUGCAAAACCCCCAGCAGUAACACCAACAGUUACAACAUCAACUACAACAGCACCACAGCAAAGUAGUAGUAGUAAUACCUCAACAGAUAAUACUCUACAAACUUUGAAAAUUACGGAUGGUUACAAGUACAGUUAUGAAGCUCUAGCAAGUCCAGCUAAUGUUGAAGACUGGGUAGAUCCUCCUACAUAUGAAAGCUCAAAGCGGAUUCUUAAUGGAUUUACUCAAAGUAAUUCAUUUAGGGAUAAUAAUAAGCCAUACAGGAGUGACAGAAGUGAUAAUUAUAAAAGGUUUGAUAAGCGCAACACUAGUUAUUCAAACCCCUCUGGAGACUUCGUAGCACCUAAGCCUAGGUACUCCAGGCCUGUGCCCAAUGUCAAUCCAAAUGAUUGGGAUGCACCUGUAAAUAAUACACCUCCUCCUCCAAUUAAUGGAUCAUGGAAUGAUAAUGUUCAUGUUCCAAUCACCAAUCCAGUGGAAGAUGACUGGGAUGCUCCAGGAGGGGGAACUCCAAAAUCAAUUACAAAUCGCAAAUCUACUCCAGUACCAAUAUUUAAUCCACCAGUUACUGCAAAACCAAUUGCUUCCAAAGAUGUAGAAGAGGAUUGGGAUGCUCCUUCGGGAUCGUCUUCUAAAGCUGAUGUCUUACCACCAGUUGAGUUACCUACUUUCAGGCCAAGCAGUGCAGCCAGUGUAUCCGUACACUCUGUACAUAAUGAUGCCCCGACUACUACACCAAGUCAACUAGUUGAUGAAGAAAAUUGGGAUGAGCCGGGGACACCUCAUAGUGUCUCUCAAGUUGUAAUGCCUACCUUCAAACCUCCAACUACUUCUUUUUCAGAAAAAAAUGACGAAGAAGAUUGGGAUGCAGAACCAUCCCAAGCAAAGACUGGCAAUGGAUAUCCAAAGAAUAUUCCAUCUUUUUCAUCACGAAAUUCAGAUGGUGCAUAUUCCAACAGUCAAAGAUACGAUGAUAACUGGAAAUCCAACAAAUAUCAAAGGUCUAGAAAUUUCGAUUCUAAUAACGAUCACUUCAGUCGAUCAGAUCCAUUCUCCCGUCAUUCAGGUCGUGGGAACUACAGAAAUAAUUCAUAUGAUCGUGGAAGCAGAGGUAGUAGAGGUAACAGGGGAGGUAGAGGCAGAGGUGGUAGAGAUUUUAAUUCAUCUUUUGGUUCACGUGAUAAUUCAAGAAGUAGGGGAGAUAGAGAUGAUAAACCCUACAGAAGUAACGACAGGCCAUAUCAACCGCCAGCUUCUUUCCAACAGACUGUAGUGCAUGAUGAAGAAGAUUGGGAUUCACCAACUGGUUUUGCCAGUAAAUCUGCUGAAAAAAGUGGUCCACCUCCACUACCAACUAUUGCUCCUAUCAUACAAUCGCAACCAGUAAUGGAAGAAGAAUCUUGGGAUUAACUUAAAAAUUUAUGCAAAGUGCCUACGAGCAUUUUUACAAAUACUUAAUGGUUAUGUUGCAUAAAACAUAAGUUUCCAUUAUUGUGCAGGGAUUUCAUCAAGUUAUCUUAAUGAGCAGCAGAAAAAAUUAAUGAUAUUUACAAGAUCACUUUAUUUUACUAAACAAGUAGCCGUGACGUUAUCAAU